AUGCCCCGUCGUAAAGACCAAGGCUCCCGUUCUAAAGACCAACCCUCUGUUCAGGACAGUUACACCAACGAUGACUAUGGCGACUACACUCAGGGAGAGGACACUGCCACCAAUACCUUGCCAGAUCACUUGUAUCUGAUGCAAUACUGUUCCGCAGCCUUUUCUCCGGUGGACGAUUCGGAGGACGCCUUGGCGUCAGCUGCAGCCAGUUGGGAUCCUGUCCGAGACUGGCUGCAUGGUCACUCGGUCGAGGAAAUCAGGGAUGCCGCAGAAAUGCGAGAUGAUGUCGGCAAGACGGCCUUGCAUUUUGCCUGUCAAAACAUUCCACCCAUUGAUAUCAUCGAUGCGUUUCUUGGCAUUGCACCAGAAAUUGUUCAAUGGCCUGAUUCAUUUGGAUGGUUGCCUAUUCACUAUGCUUGUGCUUACGAUGCGGAACCGGCGGUCAUAAAAAAUCUUGCGGACACCUUCCCCGAAUCCAAGACAACCGUGGACCGAAAGGGACGAACACCCCUGCACUUCUUUUUGGGAACAUUGGGCACAAGAAAUUCCAACUCUGCCGAAGUGACUCUAUUGUUGAGUAAUACAGGGGCUGCAGCAUAUCCAACUGACGAAGGUCUCUUGCCACUCCAUUUGGCUUGUGCCUAUGGUCGCGCGGAAGAAACCUUGUACGUCUUGCUCAAUGAAUUUCCGGAAGCAGCCAUCACCUUGGAUAACAAGCUACGUACACCAUUGCAUUUCGUCUUGUCCAAUGCCAACCGUAAGCAUUCUCCCGGCGCUGUCCGCGUCUUGUUGUCACAAGAAAAGGGACUGGCCAAUUCAGUUGGUGGAGGGCCAUUGCCACUGCUGGUGUUGGCUCAAUUUGCCAAGGCCGGUGUGAACCGGAGCAAUCCAGAAGAAGAAGAUGCUGUCCUCGGAUGCUUGAAGCAACUCUUGGCGGCAGACCCCAAACCAACACCCCGAUUCUUUUCCGCCUUGCAGCGAUUGCCCGUCUUUUUACGGGACAAGGCUGUGGUCACUACAAGUGUCCAAGAAAUGUUGAACGACAAGAUUGCUGAACGAUUCACUACCUCAAUUUUGAUUCUGGAUUUGUAUCUCCAGUUUGUCGUCUUGGUUGCCUAUGUCUUUGGGGUGACCGAGUCGCAACGAUUGAGAUCCCUCUCGGGAAAUCCGGAAGAGGUUGGGUUCUGGUACUCUUCCCCAUUGCAUGAGUAUUCGGAACUCUUUCGUUGGCUUGUCAUUGGGGGGAUGUACGUAGGAGCCUUGUAUUUUAUUAUGCGAGAAAUCUUGCAGUCCGUCUCGUUGGCAUUUAUGGGCGCCUUGAAUAUUUACAUUUCCGAUCCCUCGACCUGGCUGAAUGCUGUCUACAUUUUUGUGGUCUUGGCAUGGGCUACCUUGGUACUACUGGGCGUUGGAGAUUUUACACCCUUUGUGUACGGAACGUCUCUGUCAGUGUUUCUGUUGAUUGUCAAACUCUUGGCGUAUCUGAGAAAUGUGUACAUUGAUUUUGCCAUUUUCUCUGGAGGUGUCUUGCACGUCUUGGGUAGGCUCAAAGCUUUUAUCUUUUGUUUGAUUAUUUUCUUGGUGGCCUUUUCUCGAUUCUUUUACACGGUCUUUCAAGAAACACAAUACUGUAAGGAUGCACCGCCCCUGUACUACAACUACAUCGAGGAUGAUGCUGAACGACAUGCACUGGUACAUGAAAUUCAGUGCGACGCCUAUGACCCAAGUCCCUGGUGCGAUCAUCGAAGGUCCUUCUUGACUUUGUUUACCAUGCUUUUGGGAGAAGUCGAUGAAUCCAAAUUCUUUGACGAUGAAGUGGGACCCUUGGCCGUGGUCAUGUUUACCCUUUUCAUGUUUUUGAUGGUCAUCUUGUUGGCCAAUGUGUUGAUUGCCAUUGUGACUGAUUCUUACAAGGUGAUUCAAGACCAGCGUGCCGCCAUUGUGUUUUGGAACAAUCGAUUGGACUUUAUCGCACAGAUGGACGCCGUUGCCAAUGGACCCUGGAAGCGCAAGAUCCGUAAGAUGAUUGGAUUGCGACACAAGAAGAAGGAAACCAAGAAAGAAGUGACCUAUGGAGCCACUUCUUGGGGUUGGAUGAUGGAUGUAUUGUUUGAAGAUGAAUUGGAUGGUGUCUACUACUAUAUUUACAUUCCCAUUCGAUUGGUGUUGAUAUUUUUUGUCAUUCCCUUUUGGUUCUUGGCCGGAGCCAUGACCUUUGGUAUUUUGUGGCCACCCCAGAUUCGUCGUCUGUUCUUUACCUCCAAUGUGUCUAAAAUGACGGAAGCCGAUCGCGAAGAUGCCUUGCGAAAGACUCAAAUCGAAUCCUUGCACGGUCAAAUUGACGAAUUGCGGGAUGAAGUCUUGCAAGAAUUGGCCAAGGAGCGCAGUCAAAUUGUACAAUUGCGGUCCUCCGUGGCCGAACGCAAAAUGGAAAUCAACAACGAAUUGAAGCACAUCAAACGAACCGUGACCAUGUUGUUUGAACAACAAGCAGAUGCUGUGUACAUGACGUAG